ACACCACCGCCCAAGACCAAGCCAACUGAUGGAGCUGGUGCAGCUACUGGAGGGCAGCCUGUCGGCCGCCACGGACGUGCGCGCGCAGAGCGAAGCGCGGCUGACGGAGCUGCUGCGCACGCCUGGCUUCGCGCUGCAGCUGGGCGAGUUCCUCUUCUCGGCGGAGGCGUCCGAGGCGCAGCGGCAGCUGUCGGCGCUGCUGCUCAAGAAGCUCGUGACGUCCUACUGGGUGGCCAGCGAGGAGGAGGAGAGCGCGGUGGGAGCCCCCUACGUGGUGCCCGAGCAGGAGAAGGCGCAGGUCAAGCAGGCGCUCGUGCUGGCGCUGCAGCAGCGGCUCGAGCUCUUCGCCGGCAGCAAGCUGCAGACGGCGCUGUGCCUGAUCCUCACGGCCAUCUUCGAGCGCGACUGGCCCGACCAGUGGGCCGAGAUCCUGCCGGCCGUCAUGGCCAUGAUCUCGGGCCAGGACAAGCUGCGCAUCGACUUCGCCGUGCGCUUCCUGUCCCUCGCGGGCGGCCACUUCUCGAGCGACAACUGCUGCGAGCUCGUGGCCUCUGUGUUCCCGCACCUGCGGCGCGUGUUCGUGCUGACCGCCGAGUUCCCGGCGGGCACGCGCUCGCGCAUCGCGCGCAUCGUGCAGAGCAGCCUGCUCAUGGUGGGCAUGGAGGCGCAGGUGGGCAACGCCACGGCGCUGCAGUUGCUGCACGAGAACACGACCCAGUGGAUCGCACUCUUCCUGGAGCAGCUGACCGCGCCCGCGCAGAGCGUCAAGGACUACUCGAUCAAGAUCCAGAUCCUGACGACGCUCGCGAGCUUCGUGCGCGAGUGGCCCAAGGAGAUGACGGACCUCAUGCCCCAGAUCAUGCCCCAGGUCUACGGCCUCAUGGUGAACGACGCCGAGGCCUACGAGCGCGAGGUCGUGCUGAGCGCCUCGGAGGAGGAGGAGGGCUACGACAGCGACGGAGAGGGCGCGCUCAUUGGCCGAAGCGCCAUGAUCGUCGCUGCCUUCGAGUUUGUGCGUGGCGCCAUCCAGGCACCGACCAAGAAGACCCGCCAGCUAAUUGUCGGCGGUCUAGCCGACUUUGUCUUCGUCAUGAUCGGGUACAUGCAGAUCACGGUGAGCCAGAUGGAGUCCUGGCAGGAGGACCCCAACAAGUACGUCGCGGACGAGGACGACGAGAGCCUCGCGUUCAACGUGCGCAACGCGGCCACAGACCUCCUCACGGAGCUGGAGGCUGUGCUGGGACGCAAGGCGGUGGUGGCUGCGCUUGAUGCGGCCCAGCGACGCCUCAAGGCUGAGAACCCGAACAACUGGCGUCUGCAGGAAGCGGCUCUGCUGGUCGUGGGAUGCCUGGCCACGUCGACGCUUGAUGCCAUCAGCAAGAAUGCCACGGACAUCUCCCAGCUGCUGGAUCUGUCGGCUUUCCUGCAGACGCUGUUCAAGGUGAUGAACGCGGGUAGCCAGGAGAUCUACCUGCGCGCGAGAGCGCUGUGGUGCGCUAGCCGCCUGGCGAAGGGUAUGAACCAGGAGAUGCUGGAUGCCUUCCUUCAAGUAGCGAUUUCGGGUCUGGAGCAGGGCCAGGUCCUGCCCGUUCGCAUGUAUGCUUGCCGUGCUAUUGGCGCCAUCAUUCGCAACGAUACGGGCAAGGCGCGUCUCCAGGAAGCCAACGCCGUUAUCAUUGACCGCCUGACGAGUCUUGCGGAGCAGUCUACGCACGAGACGCUUCACAUCGCCCUCGAGACGCUCGUCGUCGUCCUCCAGGAAUCGGAAGUCCUUGCGCUUGAAUCGGCCCAGCGUGUUGUGGCGUGCUUCUUGCACCACUGGGGCCAAAACCUGAACGACCCCCUGAUUUCCGAGUUGAUUGACGGUGCGUUUGGCGCUCUGCUUCAGCUGGACAACGCUGCGAUUACGGCCAAGCUUCACGAGCAGGUCUUGCCUGUUGUUCGCUCGAUGCUCAUCCAGAGUAUGUCGGACCUGGAGGGUGCUGGAAAUGGCAUCUACACCGCUGGCAGCGCGCUGACUAUUUUGAAGACUUUGCUGCGUCACUCCUUCGCUUCAAGUGGCACCUUGUCGAGCGGCGGCGCGGACCCAGCGACCCAGCAGCUCGGUGCUCAGGUUGUUCAGCAGACGUUCGAGCCUCUUGUUACGGUGCUUGGUGCUGUCGAAGACGAGAAGGUGCUCAACGCCGGCUCGGAAUGCUUGAAGUGGUUUGUGAUGUUUGCGGUCGACCCGCUGGCGGCAUACACCACGGCUGCUGGCAGCAACGGUAUCGACACGACCCUGUCGGUCUCCGCUAAGUUGCUGUCGCCUGCCGUGUCCGAUGCGAGCGCUACCUGCGUUGGCGGUUUGAUUACCCAGAUUUUGCUGAAGUUGGGUCCUAGCCUGCCUACGGCCACCGUGCAAUCAAUCCUGAGCGCUGUCUGCGCUCGUCUUGCGGCGACGGAGCUCCCGUCGCUCGUGCAGUCUCUGUGCAUGGUGUUUGCUCGUCUUGUUCACUCGCAUGGCCCGGAAAUUCUGAACGUGUUGGAGCAACUUCCUCCUCCGCCUGCAUCGGCUGGCCAGGCUCAGGCCCCGAACAUGCUGACUUUUGUGUUCCGCACUUGGAUCGAGAAGCAGCAGGACUUCUACGGACUGUACUGCAUCAAGGUGACCAUGAGUGCUCUGCUGAAGGUUGUCGAGUGGAAUGACCCUCGGAUCAAUGCCAUCACUGUGACUGGAAGUGCUGUGGACUCGGAGAACGCUGGUGCUUCUGGCUCGAAUGGCAUCCAGACGCGGUCGAAGGCCCGAAGCACUCCUGCGAGCGGCAAGACCCAGUACACAACGGUGCACUUUUUGACCAAGUUUGUUGUCAUUCUUGCCAAGACGAUGUCCAACUUGGCGGAGGACGAAGAGGAGUGGGAAUCAUCGGACGAUGACUCGUCGGACGGCGAGGGUGAUGACGAGGUUGUUUCCGGUGCUGGCGCGACGUCCUCGGUGUUCGCCCCUGCGGAGGACUAUGAACUUCUGUCGGACCGCUUGGAUGCCGACGGUGGUACCGCAGUCAACGAUGGCGAAGAGCCCGAGGAAGAGUUCGAGGCGUACUUCGACCCUCUCAACGAGGUUGACCUGAAGGGAGCUAUUCCUCAGGCGCUGCAAAAUAUUACGGCCAACGCUAGUGUCCUUCAGGCCAUCAUGCCCGAGCUGACGGCCGCGGAUAAAGAAGCACUUGCGGCUGUGUCGGUGCUUUCGUCGUAG